AUGGUGCUCCAAAGUCAAGGACCAGUAUCAUUCACCAAGACGACGCUGUCAUAUCCCGUGUAUGCAGCCGAGUUCGAUCCCUAUAACCGUGGCUUCCUCGUGGUAGGCGGCGGUGGUGGUCAAGGUCGCAGUGGUACGCUACUGGACACGAGCAAACGCGCAACUCUGGACACGACCGCCGAGAUCGAGCUCUCGAGCGAAGAAGACUCGAUUACAUCGCUGGCCACACUGGCCUCUAAGGACGGUCUUGUCACACUAGCUGGCAUCAAUUCGUCAGAAGCAGAUCAAAAGGCUGGCAAGAAUGAACACCUACGCACUUUCGACAUCAAGUACCCCAAAAAGAAGCAGGCCUCGGAUGAGAAGCAAGACGCUGAAGCUCAAGAUGCCAACAUCUCGUUCGUUGGAAAGGCAUCUCUGUUCCAACCCGCAACGGGUCCCAAACCAGAGACAUAUCAGCGUGUGCUACGACUGUCACCCACCUAUAAGCGCGACUCGCCCAACAAGCGUAUUGGUGCUGUUGCGACUGGACUAGCCAAGCGAUCUGAGAUUGUCGUCUUUGAUGCUACAAGGACACCCACCACCGAUGCUGAAAUCAUCGCUCGCAUCCCCAUGCGCGAUAAUGCCGAAGCUGCCGAUUUGGACAUUACAGAGUUGGAGACCAACACUUUCUCCAUUACCUGGGCAACCGAUUAUGAUGUCUAUGAGCAGACGGUCAUGUACAAUUUCGACACCAAGAAGGCUUCGUUUUCUCCUGCCAACCCGCGGAAGGUUUACACAAUCCCUAAGUCUGAGGAUCCUAGCAAGCCGAUUCGUCCUAAGUAUCGUGCUAUCAGAUGGCUGGGUAAUGAGGAUGUGUUGCUCUUGAGCAAUUUGCCUAACCGUACUGGUGCUGAGUUGAGCAUCAUUCAUUUCUACCCAUCUGGUCCGGCGUUGAAGGUCAAGCAAAAGGUUCUUCCUGGCCACGUCAAACAAGCCGUUGGUCUUGACGUCUGCAGUCUCGACUCAGACAAGGCGGGAAACAAGCAAGUCGUCAUCGCAAUCGCCAGCCACGACAUCUCCAUUCCUGUCUACACUCUCGACUACAACGCCAACACCCACACUUUUGGCAAAUUCAAGCGCUUCACCACUCUCCGCGAUGUGCAUCCGCUUCAGAUGACUUGCCUCCGCUUCUCGCCUUUCCACAGCCCUGUCCGUGCUCCUCCUCCCGAGCAAGAUAAAAAAGGCAAUGCUCUACCCACCAAGAAUCCAGCCCACCCAGGACCCCAAUACAUAAAACUCUGCAGUACCAGUAUGGGCAAUACCGUUGUCGUCGACACCUUCGCCCUGCUUCCCUCUACACCCUCCGACCGCCAAUCCCGCUACGUGCUCCUGCACCCUUCUGACGAAUUCCGCCAACGCACAACCUACGGUAUUCUCAUUGGUUUUGCCGUUCUGGUUUUCGCAGUCCUGCUGCAAUCAAUGUACUCAACCGACAUCUACGCGCCUAUUCUCGCCGACUUUAUCCCCUUGCCGGCAUCCUCUGCAUCUUCUUCUGCCUCUGAGGCUGUAUCUUCGAUCUCGUCUGUUGUCCCUUCUGUGGCCUCUGCUGCGUCUUCUGCUGUUGCCUCUCCAGGCGUCAAGAUUGCGGAUCUGUUGGACAUGCACUUUGCACUCCCCGGUGGCUCUUCCGACGCAGAAAACAAAGCGGUCAUCAUCCGCGAUCAAGGCGAGGGUAAGAGUUUAGCUGUGCACAUGGGAGAUAAAGAAGAGUAUAAGCAACAAGAUGAACAUGCAAAGCAUUGGCACGAAUUAAAUGCAAAGGAACAAGAGGGUUGGAAGAAAAAGUUGCUGGAAGCUGGACAUUGGACUGUUGAAGAGGGUGAGACUAUCCUCAAGGGUGUUGUGUUUAGUUCUUGGGCUGGGUUCGUGGGGAGGGUUGCUGGAGAGGUUAUCAGGGAGUUGUAG